GUCAGUACAGGGGGAGGACGGAUAGCAAACAGCCAGUAGGAGAGGUCAUCACCGUAUUUACCACAGGACCACAGACAGACCGCUGCCCUACGUCUGUGCCUGAACAACAGGCUGUUUACACACUUUUAAAGAACACCAUGAACUGGCCAAUCGUGCCGUUGACCUUCUGAUAACAGUCCUGAAAAUGCUCUAUGCCAGCUACCCUGUACUAGAAGAUGGCGGAGUCGGAUGGUGGGGAUUUUGCCUCGAAACAUCCGCAGAGCAGUAUGGCUAACAAGAAUAGCACCCUGCGCUGUACUUUCUCGGCCCCGAGCCACAGUGCCACCCUCCUUCAGGGCUUGUCUGUCUUGCGGGCUCAGGGCCAACUACUUGACGUCGUGCUGGCCAUCAAUGAGGAGCGCUUCCAGGUCCACAAAGCUGUGCUGGCUGCCUGUAGUGAUUACUUCAGAGCAAUGUUUACCGGAGGCAUGAGGGAGUCAAAUCAAGAUACCAUUGAGCUGAAGGGUUUGUCCGCCCGCGGGCUGAAACACAUUAUCGACUUUGCUUACAGUGCAGAAGUCACUUUAGACCUGGACUGUAUUCAGGAUGUCCUCGGAGCAGCUGUGUUUCUUCAGAUGGUCCCAGUUGUGGAGCUCUGCGAGGAGUUCCUCAAGUCAGCGAUGAGUGUGGAGACCUGCCUGCACAUCGGCCAGAUGGCCACCACCUUCAGCCUGUCUUCACUGAAGGAGUCUGUGGAUGCAUUCACCUUUCGUCACUUCCUCCAAAUUGCAGAGGAGGAGGACUUUCUGCACAUUCCCAUGGAGCGCCUCAUCUUCUUCCUGCAGAGCAACAAACUGAAGAACUGUAGCGAGAUCGACCUCUUCCACGCUGCCAUCAGGUGGCUCCAGUAUGACGAAUCCCGCCGGGCUCAAGCCAGCAGUGUCCUCUGCCACGUCCGCUUCCCGCUCAUGCGCUCCUCAGAGCUGGUGGACAGUGUUCAGACGGUGGACAUCAUGGUGGAGGAUGUGCGGUGCCGCCAGUAUCUCCUCGAGGCCUUCAAUUACCAGAUCCUUCCCUUCCGACAGCAUGAGAUGCAGUCCUCGCGGACGCUUAUCCGCUCUGAUGUCAUGUCACUCAUCACCUUUGGUGGGACACCCUACACUGACAACGACCGCACAGUGAGCACCAAGGUGUACUAUCUCCCUGACAUCACCUCCCGCCAGUUCAAAGAGCUGACAGAGAUGGAGACAGGGUGCAGCCAUGCUUGUGUUGCCGUACUGGAUAACUUUGUGUACGUUGUUGGUGGGCAGCACUUGCAGUACCGCAGUGGCGAGGGCGCGGUGGACAGCUGUUUCCGCUACGACCCGCACCUGAGCCAGUGGCUUCGCAUUCAAUCCAUGCAGGAGGCCCGUAUCCAGUUUCAGCUCAACGUACUGAACGGACAGCUGUAUGCCACUGGAGGGCGCAAUCGAUCUGGCAGUUUGUCAUCUGUGGAGUGUUACUGCCCCAAAAAGAACGAGUGGACUUAUGUGGAACCAUUAAAACGCAGGAUUUGGGGUCAUGCGGGGACUCCCUGUGGAGAAAAACUGUACAUCUCAGGGGGUUACGGCGUCUCGCUGGACGACAAGAAAACUCUUCACUGCUAUGAUCCGGCAUCAGACCAGUGGGACUUCAGAGCUCCAAUGAAUGAACCUAGAGUUUUGCACGCCAUGAUCGGCACCAGGGAUCGGGUUUACGCUCUGGGCGGUCGCAUGGACCAUGUGGACCGCUGUUUUGAUGUGCUGGCAGUCGAGUAUUACAUUCCAGAGAACGACCAGUGGACUACCGUCAGCCCCAUGAGAGCUGGGCAGUCUGAGGCAGGCUGCUGCCUGCUGGACAGGAAGAUCUACAUCGUUGGAGGCUACAACUGGCACCUGAACAACGUCACAAGCAUCGUGCAGGUGUACAACACAGAGACAGAUGAGUGGGAGAGGGAUUUGCACUUCCCAGAAUCUUUUGCCGGCAUCGCUUGUACACCCAUUAUACUUCCACAAAACACCACACAACGCUAACUGUCUGACCUGCUGACUGUGAAGAUUUUACUCCAUGUGCUCUUUCUGCCGACCGUUGAGUCAUUACAAGGUGUGAACAUAAUGUAAGCUACUGCUGUGUGUGUGUGAUGGUGUGAGUGUGUGUGUUUUAUUUGAGGGAAUGACCUGAAAAGCUACUAAGCAGCAGAACUGUGUAUUAUUUUCUAGAUGUGUCUGGCCAAGAGGCAGACCUUCAUUAAAAUAUACAAAUUCUAAUUUAAAAACUCUUAUAGGUUUUUAUGUCAGGACACUUUUAUGAUAUAUAAACUUUUUAAUCAUAGACAAUUUGUCGGUAUUCACCAACACAUUUUGAUACAUUCCAGUGGAAAAACCUUCAGCAGGAUGAUGUUCAGAGUAAUUUCCUGUUUGAAUUCAGUGACUGAUUGACUGGUUUAUUAUUGCCAGUCUAAUUUUCUGUCAGUCAUAUCAGUUUUUUUAUAAUAUAUAAUCAGUCUGUGAUUAUUGUAAACUCGCCCGUUUUGGAAAAUAUUAAAACCACUGGCAACUGAAAAUAUAUAUAAUCUCUUCUGGAGUAGCAUUAGCAAAAUGCACUUUUUAUUCACUAAAGUAUAGUAACUCAGUGUGUUACAGUGUUAGAGUUUUACCAAUCAAGGGCUUAAGUUACAGACGGCACAAAUAGGCACUUUGAUUUUAUUGUUUUACCGAAAUAGGUGUGACUUGGAAUUAUGAGAAUGAAAGUCUUGAGUUGGUGCAGAGGUAUUAAGAGACUCGACCUUUAUAAUGUUGGACAUUUUGAUUGUACAGUUGUGAUUUUUUUUAAUUAUUUGUGAUUAUUCAAACAACCAACAUAGCUUCCUGUUUUUACACAUAAUUUACUAAUCAACAAAUCACAUAUCAACGGACAGAAUUGAUUGCACAAAUAAACAUGAGUAAAGAAUGUGUUUCAAUUUUAAAUCUUUUUUUUUAUGCCACUGCCCUCAUGUUUCCUGAGCUGAACACCCCACCCUCCCUCCCAUACUGACAUGCUAAUUAUUCUCUGUCAGCAUAACAAACCAGUGUGAACCUCUUAAGGCAGCUACAUGAAUCAUUAAUGUGGGUGUCCAUUGGAAUGUCAGUGUGUGCUGCUUUUAAUGUCAAACGAGUGCUACACGUUGCAUUCACUACAUGCUUUUGUCCCGAAACUACAAUAACAUGUAAACCUUUCACAUUACAGGGGGUAAUUGUCUUUUAAAAAGUGAAGAUGUAACUUCUGAGUCAUUGCACAAACCCUACACAAAUCUCUGAUUUACCCAUAACACAUGCUCAGACUCUCCCGUUUGUCAUGGCUGGUAUCGUCAUGUGUUUUUAUUUGACUGCAUUGCUGCACUUUUCAAAGCAGUAGCUAUCAGACGUCUGAUUCUGCUGCUGAAGUUAUUGAUGUACUUAAUGUGUGUGUAUAAGGAAGAAAUGAGCUUAAAGUUCUUUUUUCCUUUUUAAAUGUGACCGUCUAUAUGAUGGCAAGGAGUGUCUGUUAUGAAACUGUCUCCCGUUUGCCUUAGUGUGUCUUUGUCCUGUUCUACCUGUACUUGUAAAAGCACAUUAUAUUGUUGAAGUGCAAUAUAAAGGAGGCUGCUGUAGUCAAAGGGGAAUGUAGACACUUGUGGAGCUGUAUGUGCAUCCCUUUAUUAAAGGUAUAUCAUGUUUUAAAAAUA